CCAAAUUUAUUUCACGUUUGGUAUUUCUCGCGGUCAGGCUGCUCUGCUGCUCUCCGAGCAGAUAUUUAUUAAUAGGGGAAACAAAACAAUAUUAGUUAACUAACUAAUUGGAGAAGUGGUGAUUCCAAGAAAAUGAACAUAUUACGGUGAUCAAACGACAAUGUGGUGAAGUAUCGAAGCGUUAAAAUCGACGGCCGCCGCCAGCCAACAACACCACCCACGAGCAACAAUAACAACUAAAACGGGAGGCUACUGCAAAUAUACACACACACCAAGAGAUAUCAAAAUAAAAAGACGAAAAGGCAGCUCCCGUUUUGCUCUGGACGGUGCCAGUGAGAGUUGACGAAUGCGGAGCAGUUCGAGGCAGGCGGAGGAGCAGCAGCUGGGCAACCGGAAGCGGAAAGCGGAAGCAACACAAUAGCAAUAUAUAAAAGGAACAAAAACCAACAAAAAAAAACAAAAAUAAAAACACCGCCUUAGCCUUAGAGUAAGACAACGAGGAGACGACCACUCCAAACCAAAUCAAAACAAAACCAAUCAAAUCAAAAGCCAGACAAAACCCCAAACCCCACAAAACCCCCACAACAAAGCCAACAAAAUGUCCUCGCCCAGUGCCGGAAAGCGACGCAUGGACAACGAUGUGAUCAAGCUGAUCGAAUCGAAGCACGAGGUGACGAUCCUGGGAGGCCUGAACGAGUUCCACGUCAAGUUCUUCGGACCAACGGAGACGCCCUACGAGGGCGGCGUGUGGAAGGUGCGCGUCUACCUGCCCGACAACUAUCCCUUCAAAUCGCCGAGCAUCGGUUUUGUGAACAAGAUCUACCAUCCCAAUAUUGACGAAUCCUCCGGCACUGUGUGCCUGGAUGUGAUCAAUCAGGCCUGGACGGCGUUGUACGAUUUGUCGAACAUCUUCGAAUCGUUCUUGCCGCAACUGCUCACAUAUCCCAAUCCGGUCGAUCCGCUCAAUCGGGAUGCGGCCGCAUUGUACCUGCACGAGCCGGAGGAGUACCAUCGCAAGGUGGCCGACUAUGUGCAGCGGUAUGCCACCGAGGAUGCGCUGCGGGCGGCGCAGCAGGAGCGGGAGAGCAGCGACAGCGAGUCGAGCAUGUCCGACUACAGUGAGGAUGAGGCCAGGGACAUGGAGUUAUAAUAUCGGUUGGAUCGCCAGCCUACGGAACUACCGCUAACACUAACACUGACAACAGCCUAAUACAAAUGCUUUGAGACCCCAUUGUCCCCGGCCCACAACCCCCAAACUCCCGCUUCCCCACCCCCACCCCCCAUCCCUUCAGUUGGCGACGGAACAACAAGCAACAAUAUAUAUAUAUACAACUCUAUAUAUAUAUAUAUAUAUAUAUAUAUAAUAAUUGAUAAAUGAUAAUUGGAUUUUAAGAUAGAAAGUGAUUCGAUGAUGGCGUGUGAUGAUCUGCGCACACACGCACAUACAUAUAAAUAUAUACAUACAAUAUAUAUAUAUACAUAUAUAUAUAUACACACACUCUAAUGUAAGCAGCAAGAAAAACAAGAUUUAAAAAAACUCUUAGUUUAGCCAUCAGUAGCUGAUAAUAACAACAAAAAAUCUACAAAAGGAUUGGAGCAAGGAUCGCAACAGAUCGUAACAGAUAUAUAGACCACAACAAACCGGAAACGGAGGAGAACAAAAUGGAGAACGAAAGUGAAUAUGGAUUAAAGAAUACACAACAGAUAACAGAGAUAAAAGCAUAGAUGCAAACGCAAUUAAAAUGGUUAUAGUAAGAGCACACGCAAUACGAAAUAUGACGUGAAAUUGCUUUUGGCCUUGAUCUGGCAUUAAACAGACGUCGAUGCCCGUUCUUUAGAGUUUAGCAAUUGAGUAACAAGUUGAUAGUAAACGUAUCGUAAACACAAGUACCACCACUACAUCAAAAAGGAAAAGUUUUUUGGAAAACCCUCACCACAAACACGAGUACCACACGAUGAUAACCCAAUAAUCCAGAGGAGCCCUCAGUUACCGCUUAGAUCGAUCAACGAAUUGUGCGUUUUGUUCUCCCCCAGCUUUAUGUGUAUGCUUGUUUUCUUAUUUUGUUUAAUUGCGUAAGCGUUUUUAAUAGGAUUUUUAAUUGUCAGCCGAUUUAAGCGUAAAACAUGUAUUUAGAAAUUUUUUAUCUGACUUAGCAGCAUUGUCCCUGCCCAAAAAACAAAAGUGAAAAACGAUCGAAACUAAAUAGAAUUAAAUAGAAAACCAAGACAAAUCCUAGAGGAAGCGUUUGGAGACGAUUGCGUGGAACAGACAGAAUAAACGUUGCAGUUCUUUUCUUGUUAAUUAAUAUUAUUGUACGGUUAUUAUGUAAUAUUUUAAAAUAGGAUUCGAAUUGAUCGUGUAAUUAAAUGCAAUAAUUCUUAUGUCUAACUUAUGCCACCCGUGUUUAAGCCAAAACCAACUCUGUUUUUUUUUUCUAUUAUAAUACAUUUUGCUUUACCCAUA